AUGAAAAGAUCGGCGCCACGGGGUAUUGCCAAAGACAAUUUUGAUGGCUCAGAGGCUGAUAUUGUUGAUGAGUCUGCUAAGGGAAUCUCCUCGUUAGUCCUUGUUCAAGUGGUGACAAAGUUGUUGACUUUCGUAUUAAAUCAAGCCUUGAUUAGAUAUGUUUCUCCAGAUGUGUUUGGGUUGAUUGUUUAUUUGGAAUUUCUUCAGUCGUCGGUUUUGUUUAUCAGCAGGGAGUCUGUUCGUCUCGCAGUGCAGAGGAUCACUCAUGACCAAACUAAAACACAAACAUUGCAGAAGGUGAUGAACUUUGGUUUCUUGUCUUUCAUAGUUGCCAUCCCGGUUACCUUGCUCAUUGGUUACUUCCAGGGGAUAAGAUCUGUCAACUUCCAACAAUACUUUUUGCAUCUUCCAUUUCACGAAUUGUCAGUUGCAGUCAUAAUCCUCCUGACCAUACUUGAGUUAAGUAUUGAACCCAUUUAUUGUAUGUAUCAAUACGAGUUGGAGUUUGGAAAACGGUCAAAGUUUGAGGGAUUUGCUUUAACUACAAAAUGCGUCACCACAUUUGUGGCGAUUUAUCUCGCACGUCAAUAUUUUACAGGACGUGAUUUUAGUGGAGCUUCGAUUUUGUCGUUUAUGAUUGGUCAACUUGCCUAUUCUGCAACAUUGUUCAUUUCAUAUGGCACUUCUUUUACAAAAUUCAAUGCGAGGAAAGGCACUAAUGUCAAGUAUGGCAUCUUUGGUGAUAAUAAAGGUCCCAAGUUUGAUUCUGGUGUGUUGUCGAUUUUAAAGAGUCUUUUCAUACAACUGAUCUUUAAGCAAGUUCUUACUGAGGGAGACAAGCUAUUGAUAAGUUAUCUAUGCACAAUCGAAGAGCAGGGAAUUUAUGCGGUGAUUGUCAAUUAUGGGUCAAUAAUCGCGAGAUUGCUCUUCCAACCAUUGGAGGAGUCGACUCGGUUGUUGUUGGCCAAGAUAGUAAACAGUACUGAGAAUCCAAAGAGCGAGACUUUGGCCCAGUCUUUUACAUACAUUAGGAUGCCGCAUGAAAUCCAAAAGUACUCGAGAUAUAUGACAUUUGUUACAAUGAUAGUUUUGGUGGUGCUGUACAUGUUGAUCUCGGUAAUGGAAUUGAGGUUAGCGGGGUUGAUAUUAGCCAACAUUCUCAAUAUGGCCAUGAGAAUCGGUUACUGUUACCGCUCUAUUAACAAGUACUACGGAACCGGAAUCAGCUUGCUUAGUUGCUUGCGUUAUGCCUCUGGAUCUAUUGCAUGCACGAUAGUUUCCUGGAUCGUGCAGUACAUUUUUGUCUUUAAACUGGAAUCUUUUGUUACAGAGACAUGGUCUGAAUUGUUCAAGAGCGCAAUCUUCUCGGGCAUCCUUCUAGCAAAUCUCAUGAUUCUAGAAAGGCAAAAGAUUCAAAACUCAUUCAAUAGAAUUUUCAAAAUCAAGAGUGAAUAG